AUGCCAGAUUCGACCUGCCAGAGCUAUGAGGUGAAGUACUACAAUCGCAUCGAUGAGGAGCUGGAGCUGCCCUUGGAUAUUCUGGAUGACUUGACCGGGGAAGCCAAAGAGCUACAUGAAGUGGGCAACGGAUGGUUUGCCUAUACCCCCUUGCUUCAUCGAAUCCGAGAAGGUGGCGCCCUGAAUAAACUCUUCGACCUCCUUGAUGAACGUGCACUGAAGCUGCCAGAGAUUGCAGAGAUGCUCGAGCUCCUUUUCCGUCACCCCGAGGAUCCCCCCUUCCCCCGCUGCCCUCGUGCGCUCUACGCGCUGGCACAGAGCCGAAUGGGCAUGAGCAGCUCCGUGUUCAAUGGGCACCGGCAAUGUAUGACGCCUCCGGUGGACCUCAAGGCCUUGAAGAGGGCCUUGGGCUUAAGCAGCUGGCCACGCCUUCGAGCAGAGCUCAUGAAGACUUUGCUUUGCGCCAAGAUGACCACUGCGCCCUGA